AUGGCUAUUACAGUGACAUCGCUGGCGGUAGCGCUUGUCGCUGCACUAGUCUGCUACAAGACUAUUAUCUAUCCGGCAUUCAUCUCGCCGCUGGCCAAGAUCCCCAAUGCGCAUUGGAGUACUCCCAUUACACCGGCCUGGAUGCUUUGGAGACGUUUUACAAGUCGAAACAACCGAACAAUCCAGGAUUUGCAUGAAAGACUCGGUCCAAUUGUCCGAUUGGGACCGUCAGAGAUCUCCAUCAACUGUGUCGAUGGAGGAAUCAAAUCAGUAUACACUGGUGGGUUUGAAAAACACGAUUGGUAUCCCCGAGUGUUCGCGUCCUUUGGAACAGUCAGCAUGUUCACCAUGGUAGGGAGCAAGACUCAUUCAAACCGCAAGAGAAUGCUAUCCAAUAUUUACUCCAAAUCCACCCUGCAAACAUCUCCCCAUCUGAGAAUAGUCUCAAAUGCAGUUGUUUUCGAUCGAUUGUUACCCAUCCUUGAGAAGGCGGCAAGUACUGGGACACCACUGGACGUGCAUGAUCUGAACCAGGGCCUGACGAUGGACUUUGUCUCCUCCUACCUGGUCGGCUUGCAGAAUGGCACGAAUCUGCUUCAAGAUGAGUCGUUCCGAAAGCACUGGCUCCAUCUUUACAUGUGUCGGAAGCCAUUCGAGUUUUAUUCGCAAGAAGUGCCGUAUCUAGAUGGAUGGCUAAGGCGGAUUGGUCUUCGUGUGGUUCCGAAAUACUGUGACGAAGCCAAUGCAAUGCUUGAUGCUUGGGCUUUAGACCUAUGCGACAAGGGUGAGGAAUCGAUCGCAUCGACCGAGCCAGGAUUCGAGCCAGUUGUUUACAAGCAGCUCAAGCAAGCCCUGGACAAGAGCUCCUUGAAGAACGGAGAUAAGCCUGAUCGAGUGCAGCAGAGGCUCGAUAUUGCAUGCGAGUUGUACGAUCAAUUGACCGCUGGAUUUGAAACAAGUGCUGUUGGUCUCACCUAUUUGUUUUGGCAACUGUCGAGAAACCCAGAAAUCCAGACUAAGCUCCGAGAGGAGCUACUUACUCUGGACCCUCCACUUGCGUACCCCAAGUCCGCGGAGAUACCCUCCGCCAAGGCAAUCGAUGACCUACCAUUGCUGGAAGCCAUCGUGACCGAGACAUUGAGGCUCCAUGCUCCAAUCCCAGGCAUUCAGCCUCGAGUCACCCCGUCUCCUCCUUGCACGUUGGCUGGCUAUGCAAACAUCCCACCCAAUACUAGGGUCAGCGCACAGGGAUAUUCCCUGCAUCGCAAUCCAGAAGUGUUCCCUGACCCAGAGAGCUGGCAGCCCAAACGGUGGCUUGAAGACCAAAACUCAUCUGCUGACUUGGACGAGAAGCGUCGGUGGUUCUGGGCAUUUGGAAGUGGUGGGCGAAUGUGUGUGGGGAGUAACCUCGCCUUGCAAGAGAUGAAACUGGCUGUUGCGGCGAUUUAUACCAAUUUCCGCACCACCAUCGCCGAUGACGACAGCAUCGAAGCAAUCGACGCCUACACCGUAAAGCCGCGUGGUGACAAAUUAAUACUCAAGUUCGAAUUGGUCUGA